CGCAGCAUACGUCAUGAUGUGCAGACUUCUUGCUUCGUAAAUACAUGCACACCAUAACCCAAAGUCGUCAAACUCUUGCGAGAGUGCCCAUCGGCCAUCGAAGUCUAACAAGAAAAACCGAGGGGGUUUUACUGCAUGACGCAACAAGGAAGUGGCACUUCGAUUCGGCACAGGAACUGAAAAAAAAAACUUUCGCCGAAUAGACCUACACAAAAAUGCAGUCCAUCUGGGAAGUCCAAAGCCGAUACCAUCUGCACUUGCACGGAUCGAGCUGUUAGAAUUGUGGACACUUUGUGAGAGCAGCGGAAUUAGACCCAACACACUUCCUGGUGAUCUACGCCUUUGGCGCUCUGUUAAACUGUCACAUUAAUGUUAAGGAGAAAGAUGACCAAGUCUUUUUCUGACUUCACGCAGGCGUAAAAAUAUGGGUGGACCAUGGUUUUAUAGAUUACCUCCAUGUCGACUGUUCAUGAAAGGAGCUUCAACAUUCGCUAUAAAGUAUACAUAAGUAGUGUGUAAACUCUCUCUUGGCAUGAGAGAGACAAUUAUUAUGAUCCAGAUCUUUCUCGGCCAGCAUAUAAAAAAAGUGUAUCUUUGUAAAGUUUCCUCGUAAACACACACAGGAAAGACAAUUUUUAAGUUUGAAUCAAAUAGUGGAUUGGGAAAAAUCGCGGUCAGGGACAAGCUCUGGCUUUCACUCGACAGUCAAAUCUAAAUCAGGUUUUGCGUUCCCAAGCAAAAUAUAGCCUACUGGUGAUCAAUGAAAUCUUCCAGGCAAUCUCGAAAACAUGUCAUCAUCUGCUGGAAAACGGCUGGCUGUUGAGUUGGCGGCCGUUUACGACACCGUGCGAUCGCCGCCGCUAGCGCUGCCACGGGACAAAACCCCCACAGAGACCGCUGGUGGGUACGUCACUCCGGUUGGUAAGUUCCAACCUGAGUUGGAUCAGCACUACCAAAACAUCAAACACUUCAAGGAGAUCAAGCCUUCCUUCAGAAGCAGCAAGGUGCAGGGGAAAGCGAUCGGGGGACUAGGCAGAUCUUCAGACGUUGUAGCACCUUUGCUGCCUUUGAAGCCAGCUCUUCCAUCCAAGGAGAAUCCGGGAUCCGAAGUGUGCUACCAAAACACACCUAGAGUACCUACCAAGACUUCUGGAUACGCUGAGCUCCGAACUACAAGCCCAUCUAUUUACUCCGCCUUGUCCAAAGGUGUACCCAGUACUCAGCCACAGAGAUCAGAGUUAGAUCAUCCUCACCCUCAGCAAGGCAGCAUGGGGAACGCCCCCACGGUACAGCCGCGGCUGAACAGAACCCCCCACAAACCUGCUCGGAAACCCCUGGUCACUUACAACCCGAGGGCUUCUAAUGUCCCUUGGGGCUCAUCAGAGGCAACGAGCCACUCGCCACAAAAGGAUGUGAGCGACGCAAAACCGAGCCAAGCUCUAAUUGAGGGACCUUUGUGUUUUAGAAACCCGAUGCCAGCUUCUCGUCGGAGGACGGAGUUCCUGACGGAAAUACACACUCCCGACCCGGCCCUUGACGAGGUCCUCCGGAAGUGCCAAACGGCCAUGGAGCACUAUGCAUCCGAAGCGGCGGAGGGCCGAAUCAUUUUCACCACGGACCGCUUUGCAUGCGGGAUGUUCGACCACCGUGGCGGCUUCCUCCCUCUCCCCAACCACAAGAUAACCCUCUAUGUCACCCCUCACGCCAUCGUGGGGGACAACCCUGAACCCAUCUUCAUCUUCAUCCAUCCUGACCCGCCCACUGCUCUCCUGGACUUGGAGACGGGAGUUAAACCCAUCAGCCCCACUGUUGUCUGCGGUAAAACAGGCCUCAAGUUCUCCAGUGAUGUCGUUCUAUCCUUCCCCGUGAAAACCCAAGAUACAAGCGCUGCGGCCAGACAUCAGAUCAUCGUAUCGGAGCAGACCUCCCCCUCGGAAAAACCCAAACAGCAGGUCAUGGACAAAAUUCUGGACUGUUUCUUCUCCGUGGACGACAAUCGCUGCACGAUGAUGGUCAACCAAUUAGGCAGCUUCACUGUCGUAUCUCAAGCGCCGAUAAAGACCGAAGAGUUCCGAGGUCGGUACGCGAGUCAGCCUUCGGAUGAGUUCUUGAACUAUCGGGUGGGCGUGUUCGGCAGGCAGCUAGCGGGGACCGGAAGUGCUCAAAUCAGGGUGAUAUUUUGGAAAGACUCCGAUGCGGAAACGCAGCGCAUUGUUGCCGAAGAGGGGCGAGAUCGCUUCCGUAAGCUGGACCGAGUUCGCAUGGCCGUGAUCAGUAAAUACCGCAGAGCAGUAUGGGUAACGGCCAGUCACGUGAUACCAGGCUGGACUAUGCUGACAAAGGAUAAGGAAAGGUUAUCAGUUGAGCGCUUCAUCUCCCAGCAUCGAAAAGACGGUUGUCUACCGUCCUGCACCUUCGCACUGUAUCGGGACACAGGGGGCUCCGCAUCCGCACAGACCCCCCGCGUGGCCAGCUGCACCAUUGAGGUGUCUCAAGAUGGCGGCUAUGCGGACGAGGUGGAAGAGGAUGAGUCCGAAACCGUGCAGUUUGUGGCCGUCGUGGACGAAGAAUCCACAGCGCCAGUGAUCCCAACCAGGCUGCCUUCGCUGCCUGGCAGUCAAAUGUCCCCAACGGUUCCACAAAGGGUGCCUCUUAACCAGAAGGCAUCCAUCGUCACCUUCACACCGCUGCUCAAACCACCAGCUGGUCUCAGGCACAAAAUACUAGGGGAGCUAUCCCUUCAUUUAGAGGUCAGUGUGAUCUCAGGUCGUGGCUGGAAACUCUUGGCACAGAAGAUGGGUCUCUCAGCUCCUCAUAUCUGCUGCCUGAGGGAGAGAUACCUCUGCCCCGGGCAGGCUCUCCUGAACUGGUACCUUGGACAACAGGUUGCUCUGGUCGCAACACGUGAAGCGCUACGAAGACUCCUUGACCUUUUCCGAGAUAUGGACUGGCCAGAGCUCCAGACCAUCCUAACGAGAGAGAUCCAAAACACAGACAACAAUGAUCCAGGACAGGACUGGAGCACAAAACCCCCAAGAUGUUACGAAAUCAUCGACGAUGAUGCUAACCAAGCUAUGAAAGGUGCUGUAGACAAGGGCGUAGCUAAGAGCAGCCCCAGAUUACAAAGGAAGAAUUCAUAUGAGGCACCUUCUGAGAGAAAUCGGAUACCUGUUCCAAGUCCAAGAAGUAGCCCCAAAACUGUUAUCAAGAGAAACGAUCCAGUCCAUCAGGUUAAGAAAGAUAUACCGGACGCUGAAAAUCAAACAACUGUCCGCCAAGAUGCAGAACGGCAACACAAAAGCCCCUUCAACCAGAAUCUGCACUUCACAAGCUCUGGGUCCGAGAGGAUUAUAAGCCCGGCUUCAAGUCCAACAGGGUACUUCUACCAGCCACCUCUGACACAGCUCCCCAAGCCCACUCUAUGGAACACAGCACACAAUGUUUUACAACACAAAAAAUCCCAGUCCGGUGCCCCUCCCCAAAGAGAGGAUGGAAGCAACAGCACUCUUUGUCAAGAUGCAAAACAGCAAAGUGGCUUUGAAGAGCAACCACCCCCGAUCCCACUUCUGUCACCAAACGAAGACGCGAUAGAAGCAGCCGCUAAUGAGGAGAAUCCAUACUUACAACCUGACGUCAAAGACAAAGUUGGACCUCUUUGGACAAUGGAGAAACCUCAUAGCAUUAGACCUACGACGACGUUCAAUAAGAAACUGAAAGCCCCAACUCCACCGCAGCGUACCACAUCUGUCAGGAUGAGAAAAGGAAGACUUCAGAUGCCGCAUGGUUCCCAACAGGUUGAGCCUUCAACCGUUUCACUUCCAAAAGUUCCUGACAUCCUGUCUGCCAGUGAUCAGAUUCAGCAUGAACGAGAACAUGAUGAAGAAGUCAUUUAUGAAUGCCAUCAAGAACCUGAUCAAAUACCUUCAGUGGAGGAGCAUCCACAGUAUGCAGCAUCCCUCCAAUUGAAGAAAAAAGCUUUGCAAGACAUCUUGAUGAAGAAAAUACUCAAGGCAACAGGAAGGGAGGAAGCAGAUCCUGAAGUACGACGCCACAGUACCUCUUCAAUUGGAUCAAUCCCAGAGUCCGUUUAUGACGAUGUCGAGAUCCUUCUCCAGGAGAACAAAGAUCUAGAGAUGAUGCAAGAGGAACCAGGUGGGAGGCAGCUUGUGGAGAAGAUCCUGAAAAGCUCUGCUAUCAGGGGUCUCUUGUCAAAGAUUCCACGAAACACCUCCAAGAAGAAAAUUCCACCCUUCCCAGAAGAACUGAAAUCUACAGCUGUAAAUGACGAUAUGGUUUGCUACGAACCCAUAAGUGGCCCCGAGGUUCCAGCGAGGACAUUCAAUCGGUCUCAAGAGGCAGAAAGUUCUGGGGCUGUUGUCAAAAAGACCGCCCCUGAUGUAAAACCCCGUGAUGUGGCAGAUGAAAGGUGCUGCUAUGAAGAAAUCAAUGAACCAAAGGUUCCGCCUAGAACUAUUGUUCCAGGAUGCAGUGGGGCUUCUUACAGGAAACCGCUUCCACAACUACCCACCUCAAUCGACAACCGCAGUGUGAUGCACAAUAUGGACGUCUAUGAGGACACCUCCUCGCUGACAGUUCCAACCCAAACAGGAUCACAGAUGGUCCAAGUUAAGACCACGAGUGGGGAGUUGAAAACAGUCCGGAAAUUUGUUCCCAAAACAGUUCCCAGAGCGGUUCCUCCGAAGCCGGAAGAGACCUACGAAGUCAUGCCAAUAGGACAAGGUGGUGUACAGAGACCCUAACUGGUGCUCUUUUUUUUAACCAAUCCAAGACAUUUGUUUCUGUGUUAUUCAGCAUUGCCAGGUUCCUUGGUAGAAGAUGAGGAAGCAAAUUCCAGUUUUAGAGGUGGGAGGAAAACCUUGGAAUGACAUUCCAGGGAAAUCCAUGGAAUCAGGUCGGAACUAAGCACAUAAUCCACAUGUUGGCUCAGUUGGGAUUAGAACCUUGGUCACAGUAGUAAAAGGCAAGGAAAUUACCACUAUACAAAACGGAUCCUGCAAGGUGUAGUCAAAUCCAUCACGAUUCAAUCUGGUCAAAUUGCAAGCCAAUUAUACCUCCAGUUCAGGUUCAACUCCAUGAGCUGCAUGCACAUUCCUUCAACCCUGGCCAUGUCAAACACGACGCUGAUUGACUAUUCAAAGCGUACAGCGCGUAUUUCGAAGGCAGCAUGCCUUAUAUGCGCUCGCGUUAUCUCCUUCAUGUCACGUCACAUACGAACAUUUUUUUUCAAGACUGCGUGAUGCCUGUGAGUCUGCAAGCCUCGUAACACCCAAAAAAACCUAUGCACAUGUAUCUUGUACUGUAAAAGGGACAACAGAGGCAUGCACAUUUAUUAUAAACCCUUGCUCUAUAACGUGCAGUCAAAAUCUCAUCUUUAAAAUGUUCGAGUCUACAAACAAACAAAAAACACUUCAAAAUUGAAAAGCACUAGCUGUGUGGACUGCAGUCCUAAUUUAAUUUAAUUUAAUUUAGUACACGCCACUUUUGGCAUUGAACUUUGUCAUACAUCAUUCAAAUUAAGCAUAUGCAUUGUCCUUAUGGCACAGUUGUCCCCCGAAGAGUGACUCAUGAUUACGUCAUCAGGAGUCACGUGACGUCAUCACAAACAUGCAUAUUUUGAAGUCCUAUAUCUACAGAACUGUACGUCCGAUUGGGUUGAAACUUGGUAUGUGGUAUAUA